AUGUCGCUUGUGCAAUAUUCGGACUACGAGUCAGACGCGGAUCAGCCUGCAGCACCGCCAGCCAAGAGAUCUCGUCGUGGAUCCUCGUUAGCUGGGGCGACAUCCAAACUUCCGCCCUUGCCCGCGGCCUUUCACGAUCUGUAUGCGUCGAGCACUCGUGUCAGCGUGAAGGAUGAUCCGAGUCUCCAUGGGGGUCGUAAACGUGUGAUCCCCCACGUCGAGGGCAACUGGCCAACUCAUGUCUACUUGGAAUGGUACCCUUGCAGGAACGAGCUCGGCUGGCUUGAGGACCUCAUAGGUCGUGUCCAGAAGCCGGAAGACUCACCUCACGAACAAGAGGCCCACGCGUGCCACCUGCACAGUCUUCUACACAGUGAACUCGGCGCCCAGCUCCCAUUGCACAUUAGCUUGUCGCCCCCCGUGGUGCUGCGGACCGAGCAGCGUGCAUCUUUCACCGAGGCACUGACCAACUCCAUACGAGCUUCGCAUGUACCACAAUUCACGGUCAUCCCAGAUACUCUCAAGUGGGUGUCCAAUCAUGAACACACGCGCUGGUUCCUGGUCCUCCACGUUGCGAAACCUUCAGGGGACGAGCUGAACCGCAUCUUGCACCUAUCGAAUCGGACGCUGGUGGCUUUUGAUCAGCCGCCACUCUAUGCGCCGUCCCGGGGCCCUCUUCGCAAACGUGCAGAGGCACGGCACAACCGGAAGCAGAGAUCUAGUGAUUCCGGGCCGAUUGAGGAUUACUCGAAUUGCUUCCACAUCUCAAUUGCCUGGAGCUUGACAGAACCAAGUGGGAUUGAGAAAGAACGUCUCGCGAACUUGGAUCUGGGAGCUGUCAAGGACGUCAAGGUCAAAUUUGAUUGUGUGAAGAUCAAGAUAGGGAAUUAUGUUGAGAAUGUCGAGCUUGCGACCGAGGUUCCAGGGUCUCCGUUGAGAUGA